GUAUCACAAAAAAAAAAAAAAAAUCAUUGCUUUUAUUCAUUGGUCUAAUUCUUGGUAGAUAAUUAAGAAAACCCUACAAUGCUUUCUGCGUUCAAGAACCGAAGAGCAAAACAAAAUGCUAACAAGAUGAAGAAACUGGUGGAUGUAGAGGUUGAUCCGGUGACCAUACCGGAGCUUUUUCGGUGCCCGAUAUCGCUGGAACUGAUGAAAGAUCCAGUGAUAUUAUCAACCGGAGUAACCUACGAUAGGGAGAGUGUGGAGAAAUGGAUAUUCGAAGAUGGGAAGCAUACUUGCCCGGUGACCGGUGUGGCGUUGACGAGCCUUGACCCGGUGCCAAACCACACGAUCAGAAGGAUGAUUCAAGAAUGGUGCGUUGAGAACAAAGCGUAUGGGUUUGACCGCAUCCCGACUCCUAGAGCCCCCACUGGCUCAUCUCAAGUGUCGGAGAUUCUAUUGAAGAUCGUGUCGAUGCGGGGUAAGGGAAAUACGGAAGGUGUUAGGGAGUUGGUGGGGAAGAUUAAAGAUAUGGCUAAAGAAAGUGAGAGAGAUAAGAAGUACAUUGUGUUAAAUGGAUCGGCUCGGGUGUUAUCCGAGACUUUCCAGGCGUUUUCUUGUAUUGACAGUCAAGAAAACACCGGGGUUUUGGAAGAAAUUUUGUCAGGGUUAACCCUGAUUCUUCCAUUUGACCAAGAGACCAAGUCUGGUCUCGGGUCAAACCAAUCUUUAUGUACCAUUGUAAAGAUUUUAAAGGUUGGAUCAUUAUCCGGCCGAAGGAAUGCGGUUUUGGUACUUAAAGAACUCCUAUCAUCCGAUCAAACGAAGCUACAAGAAUUCGCGGAGAUUGAAGGAAGUAUUGAAGUAUUAACAAAACUCAUCAAGGAGCCAAUUGAUCCUACUACAACAAAUGCUUCAUUGUUAGCCAUUUACCAUUUAGUCACCCCAUCAACUUCUUUCAACCAAAAGGAAACCCUAAUAGCAAGAUUUCUUGCAAUGGGGUUGACCGAAAAACUUAUAGAAAUGCUUGUAGAUUGCACAAGAGGCGUAUGCGAAAAGGCAUUAGGCGUACUCGAAGGUCUUUGCAGCAUCGAUGAAGGACUCGAGAAAGCUUACGCCAAUGCGUUAACUGUCCCGGUGCUAGUGAAGAAACUGCUGCGUGUUUCUGAUAUCUCGACAGAGUUUUCGGUUUCGAUUCUUUGGAAACUGAGUAAAUAUGAGAAGAGUAUUGGAGAUGAGGAAGGUCUAGCCAUGGAAGCACUUCAAGUAGGAGCUUUUCAAAAGCUUGUGUUGCUGUUGCAAGUUGGUUCUUCUUUGCAUACUAAGGAGAAGGCUGGUGAUUUGUUAAAGGGUUGGAAUUUGCUUAGAGGGAGAGUUGAGUGUAUUGAAUCUAUGGAUUUCAAGAACCUCAAAAGGUCUUUUUGAACAAAAGUAUAGUUGUAGGAACAAUAUUUGUUUGUAAAUUUAAAAUACAUAUACAGAGGGAAAUUAUAAACAUUUUUACAUGUAUGGUUAAUUAUAUAAAAAUUUGGAUUAAAAUGAUAAU